AGUCAUGAAGCGCGCGCACUCUCUAUUAGCUCGACGGAUUUUUUUUCUGUAGCAGAGGCGGUGCCUCGGUGAUAGCCGGGGCGGGCGAACCGAAGCGACGGGCGGGCAAAACUCAGCCUGAAGACACCGGAGACAAAUCGACCGGUGGCAGCGGAGCAGCGUCCCCUCACUUCAUCGGACUUUACAAUUCCUCACCCCGCCUCACAUGGCUUCUGUGACCAGUGCGGAACGACGCGCGUUUGCUUUAAAAAUUAACAGGCAUUCGUCUGCAGAAAUUAGGCGAAACUUCAGUGGCAACUAUGGCUAUUAUCACAAACGGACAAAUUCCAACGCCUCAACUAUGACAUACCUCACCGUGCCGCAGUCAUAUGACGCGUUGGAUCCUUUGGACCUGGAGGAGUUCCUGAUGUCGCACCUCCGAAGUGGCGACUUUGCUCUAAUGCAGGAGCUCGGGGACUUCCCUGAUGACGACCUAAAGGUGGACCUGGUGGAGAAGGAGUGUCGCACAGUCCGGCACCCCGUACCUCACGAUGGAGUGGAGUUGGAUCCCCACGUGAGAGAUUGCGUCAAGAGUUACACCCAGCCGUGGCUUGUGGUGUCCAGAAGGUGCCAAGGGGAUGGCUGGAGUGCGUAUUCAGAGCGAGCCGGUCUGCACAAGCUCCUUCAAAAACAGACAUUUGAGUCCGAUGUGCAGUCACUCAAAGAUGACACACCAGUCAAGUCUCCGAGUUUAGCAGGGCUGAAUGAUGACUCUGGCCGGACACUGACCUCCUCAGACUUUAACCUGCGUUGUUUGACCCCGGACCAGAGGGUGGGGGGGCUAUUGGCUUUCAGCAGUCCUGAAGAACUUGACCGCUUCAACCAGGAGAGCCGACAGGGAAACAGACACCCUGAGAUCUUUGCGCUGUACCCACCCGCUGACGAGGAAGACGCGGUAGAGAUCCGACCCGUCCCCGACUGCCCCAAAGAACACACUGGAGACCGCAUCCUGAUCCGAUGCCAAGCCAUCAAGUUCGAGAUUGAUAUUGAGCCCAUAUUUACAACCAUGGCCUUAUAUGACCUGAAAGAGAAGAAAAAGAUAUCCGAGAAUUUCUACUGUGACAUGAACUCGGAGCAGUUUAAAGGCUUCCUGCGAUCGCACACUCCACAUGUAGACCCAUCUUCUCUAGCCCGGUCAGCCAUCUUCUCUGUCACCUACCCUUCUCCGGACAUCUAUCUUGUCAUAAAGAUUGAAAAAGUCCUUCAACAAGGCGAGAUUGGGGAAUGUGCCGAACCUUACAUGAUGAUGAGGGAUUGUGAUUCGUCAAAGAACAAGGACAAGCUGGAGAAGCUUCGAGGCCAGGCUGAGACUUUCUGCCAGAGGCUGGGUCGCUACCGAAUGCCCUUUGCCUGGGCCACCGUCAACAUUAUGGAAGUCAUCAGCACUGCUGCCCUUGACCGAGAUCUCAUUGAUUCCGACAGUGUAAAAGGGAAAACAAGCAGCAUAGAUCGUAAAGCGCAGCUGCCCCGGAGAAACUCUGAACGUUUCAGCACCUUUGAUGAGCAGCCAUGUAACAUCUCUGCCUUCAAGCCUGCCACCAUCACCAUCAGCACCAUCUUCAAACAGGAGGGAGAUCGGUUGAGUGAUGAGGACUUGCUCAAAUUCUUGUCCGAGAUUAAGAAAACAUCCACUCCACAAAGACGAAUCAAGACAAUACCUGGUUCCAUAAAGUUGGACAUGUCUCCACUGCAUGACUUACCUCAGGCCUGUUUGUCCACCGAGCUCAUCCCCCUCAUUCCUGUGGCUGAAAGGAACAUACGACAUGUCAAAGAAGUGCUGGAGUUCCCUUCUAGUGAGGUUUACGUCCCUCAUAACGUUUACAGGAACCUGCUCUUCAUUUAUCCCCAGAGGCUGAAUUUUGUUAACAGGUUGACGUCUGCACGAAACAUCACAAUCAAAAUCCAGUUUAUGAGUGGAGAAGACCCCAGCUGCGCUUUACCUGUAAUUUUUGGCAAAUCAAGUGGGCCUGAAUUUGUGCGAGAAAUUUACACCCCUGUUACUUACCAUAACAAAUCACCUGAUUUCUACGAAGAGGUAAAGAUGGCACUUCCUGCCCGUCUAACGGAGCGACACCACUUGCUCUUCACUUUUUAUCAUAUCAGCUGCCAGCAGAAACAGAACCAGAGCAACAACUGUGAAACGCUCAUUGGCUACUCUUGGCUCCCAAUAUGGAUUAAUGACAGACUGCACACUGGUCAAUUCUGCUUGCCUAUUGUCUUGGAUCGACUACCUCCUAAUUACUCGCUGCACACUGCUGAGAAACUUCCUUCUCAGAUGCCCCUAGUCAAGUGGAUGGAAAGUCACAAGGGAUUGUUCAAUCUGGAGGUUCAGGCUGUAUCUUCUGUGCACACGCAAGACAACCACUUGGAGCGCUUCUUCACCCUGUGUCACGCUCUGGAGGGUGGAGCCACAUUCCCGCUGCGCGUCCGAGAGGAGAAGAUCCCCGAAAACAAGCUGGAGCACGAACUAAAGCUCAGCAUUAUCUCCCUGUCGUCAUCCAGCCUUGAGCCGCUGGUGCUCUUUCUUCAUCUGGUACUGGACAACCUGUUCACGCUCAUCAUGCAGCCUAUGCUCAUUGCUGGCCAGACCGCCAACCUGGCCCAGAUUGCCUUCGAGUCCGUGGUGUCCAUUGUUAAUAGUCUCCAUAACAGUCAAGAGCUGACCAGGGAUCAGCAGGGACGCAACAGCUUGUUGGCCACCUAUGUGUACUGGGUGUUUCGUCUUCCUGACCCCCCUCGAGACAUUCCAAACGGAACGGGUGGUGUUAUGCCAUCCGCAGAGAGCCGUUACAGUACGAUGGGGCGAGCCUCUGCAGCUACGGUGGGCAGCAUGCUUCUGCAGUCCAGGAUUCGCAGCAGCAGCAACCCCGACAUUCCUGCACCGCACUCUUCUGCUGAGGAUGCUGAAGUCAAACACAUCUUGGCUGCUAAGGGCCACAAUCUUCCAGGCAGUCGCAUGUCAACUAUUUUGGACACCAACAGCCAUCAGAAUCAAACAGGAAGCACCAGGCCCUCUAGCAGAAAGCAGUUUCAUGAGGAGUUGGCCCUGCAGAUGGUGGUUAGCACUGGGGUGUGCAGGGAGAACGCAUACAAAUAUGCCUGGUUCUUCUUUGAACUGCUGGUAAAAAGCAUGGCCGAGCAUGUUUCUCAGCUGGACCAGAACAACGUACCAAGGAGGAGCCGCUUCUCAGACCGCUUUAAAGACGACAUCACCACCAUCGUCUCUGUGGUCACGGCCGAGAUCGGGACCAUCCUGGUCAAGCAGCAGAAGGAGGUGGAGCAGGCGGAGAAAGUCAACAUCAGCUUGGCCUUUUUCCUGUAUGACCUGCUUUCUCUCAUGGACCGAGGCUUUGUUUUUUUGCUGGUGAAAAACUACUGCAAUCAGAUGUCUGCCAAAAGUGUUUCGAUGCCAACACUGAUCAGCAUGCGUUUGGAGUUUCUGCGAAUCCUUUGCAGUCACGAGCACUACCUCAACCUCAGCCUGUUCUUCAGCAGUCCAGCCUCGGCUCCCGCCUCUCCAUGCCCGUCUAUCUCCUCGCAGAGUUCUGGUUCAUGUAGUUUCCAAGAGCAGCAAAGGAUCCUGGGCCUGUUUGAGCUUUCUCAGGAGUUUAAACAGCAACACUACCUCACCGGCCUCCUGCUCACCGAGCUCAGCGCGGCCCUCGACAUGGAGACAGAGGGAGGCAAGGUCCAGAAAAAGGCCAUCAAUGCCAUCUUCAGCUUGCUGUGCUCUCACGAUCUGGAUCAUCGCUGCAUCAAGAGUGAAGUCAGAGCCAAAAUGGCUGCCCUGUACCUGCCUCUGGUGGGCAUCAUCAUUGACUCCACCAACUACUUGGAUUUUACCGUGUCAGACGCACGCGGCGCGAAGAACAAAAGUGGUGGACCUGAAGACGACCUUGACAGCGUGCCGCCCAUCAAUCAAUCUGUUGCCAUGGCGAUCGCUGGCAACCCCUUCAACACGCUAGGGAGGAACGUUCUUGUUUCCAUGGCGUCCAUGCAGGGUAAGUCUGUAGCCACCCUGGCAGCAGACACCAGCCGCCACCUGCUGGUAUGCUUCCUGUGGGUGAUGAAGAAUGCUGACCAUGGAUUGAUACAGCGCUGGACUGUGGACAUGCCUCCCUCGCUGCUCAACAAGCUGCUAGAGCUCCUUACUAUCUGUGUGUCCUGUUUCGAGUACCGGGCUCACCAGAGCAGCGAUAAAGUGAGCACACAGGCUUUACAGAAAUCCCAGCAGGCUAAGCUCCAGCUGGAAGAAGCCUUGCUGAGAGGAAUGGGAGCCCGCGGGGAAAUGAUGAAGCGAGUCGGAGGAAUGGACAGAACAACGGGUCAAAGGGAAAACUUGCGUUGGAGGAAAGAUCUCACCCAGUGGAGACAGACCAACGACAGACAUGAUAAGACCAAAGCAGAGUUGGACCAGGAGGCUCUGAUCAGUGGGAACUUGGCCACAGAGGCAAAUCUUAUUGUAUUGGACCUGCUGGAGACCAUUGUGCAGGCGGUGCCAUUAGCAGACUGUAAGGACAGCGUGGUGGGAGGUGUGUUGAAGGUGCUACUCCACUCGCUCACCUGCAACCAGAGCAGCACCUUCCUUUCACACACCUUCAGCACACUCAGGGCACUCGUUGUCAAGUUUGGUGAGUUGCUUUUUGAAGAAGAGGCUGAACAGUGUGCCGACCUAUGCCAGAAGGUGCUCCAGUAUUGCAGCAGCCCCGUAGACGAAAAUCGGAGUCAAGCAUGCGCCACCCUCUACCUCAUCAUGAGAUACAGCUACAGCAAUGCCAGUCAGAACUUUUCCAGGGUGAAAAUGCAGGUCACCAUGUCGCUGGCUUCACUUGUGGGGAAGUCCUCCGACUUCCAGGAGGAACACUUAAGGCGUUCCCUGCGCACCAUCCUGGCCUAUGCCGAGGAGGACGCCGAGAUGCAAAACACGCAGUUACCACUACAGGUAGACGAGCUCCUGAGGAACCUCAACAGCAUCUUGUCGGACACAGUAAAGAUGCGAGAGUUCCAAGAAGACCCUGAGAUGCUCAUGGACCUUAUGUACAGGAUAGCAAAAGGCUACCAGACGUCGCCUGACCUGCGUUUGACAUGGCUGCAGAACAUGGCGGAGAAGCACAACAACAGGAAGUGCUACACCGAGUCGGCUAUGUGUCUCGUUCACGCCGCCGCGUUGGUGGCCGAGUAUCUCAGUAUGCUGGAAGAUCACAAAUACUUGCCCAUUGGCAGUGUCACCUUCCAGAGCAUCUCCUCCAACGUGCUGGAGGAGUCGGCCGUGUCAGAUGAUAUCCUGUCCCCCGACGAGGACGGCGUGUGUUCGGGUCGCUACUUCACUGAGAGCGGCCUUGUGGGGCUGCUGGAGCAGGCUGCCGAGCUGUUCAGCAACGGGGGUCUGUAUGAGGCAGUUAAUGAGGUCUAUAAGGUAAUCAUUCCCAUCCUGGAGGCACACAGAGACUUCAAGAAACUGGCGUUCACUCAUGACAAACUGCAGAGAGCCUUUGACAACAUCAUUCAGAAGGGUCACAAAAGGAUGUUCGGCACCUACUUCCGGGUGGGUUUUUACGGCAGCAAGUUUGGAGACCUGGAUGAGCGGGAAUUCAUUUACAAGGAGCCAGCCAUCACGCACCUCCCUGAGAUAUCGCACCGUUUGGAGAAUUUUUAUGGUCAAUGUUUCGGGGAGGAUGUCCUUGUGAUGAUCAAAGACUCUACACCUGUGGAUAGAAAACAGCUCAACCCCAACAAGGCCUACAUCCAGGUUACAUACGUGGAGCCAUACUUUGAUGACUAUGAGAUGAAAGACCGACUAACUAACUUUGAGAAGAACUUCAACCUGCGUCGCUUUAUGUACACGACGCCCUUCACCAAGAGCGGGCGCCCGCGGGGUGAGCUUAACGAGCAGUACAAGAGGAAGACCAUACUCACCACAAUGCACGCCUUUCCUUACGUCAAGACUCGCAUCAACAUCAUCCAGAAGGAGGAGUUUGACCUGACUCCCAUUGAGGUGGCCAUCGAGGACAUGCAGAAGAAGACCAGGGAGCUGGCGGUGGCCACGCACAGAGAGCAACCAGACGCUGUCAUGUUACAGAUGUUGUUGCAAGGUUCAGUGGGAGCCACUGUUAACCAGGGCCCGCUGGAAGUGGCCCAGGUCUUCCUGAAUGAGAUCCCGGCGGACCCUAAGCUCUUCCGUCACCACAAUAAACUGCGGCUGUGUUUCAAGGAGUUUAUUAUGAGGUGUGGCGAAGCCGUCGAGAAGAACAAGCACUUGAUCACGUCUGACCAGAAGGAAUAUCAGCAGGAGCUGAAGAAGAACUACAACCGCCUGCGUGAGAACCUGAGGCCCAUGCUGGAGAGGAAGAUCCCCGAGUUAUACAAGCCCAUCAUUAGACCUCGGCUGGAGAAUAGGGAUUCCUUCAAACGUCUGAGUUUCCGCAAAACUCAGGAGGAAGUCUCCUGAGAGCUCCUGCCAAGUCCAGGAUGCAACACUUUGUGAAGAGGAGGAGUAUUCGUCUGUGGUGACCUCAUUUCACCAUGACAGUUGGUGUAAAGUUCUCAAGAAGACAACCAGCAGUGUUAAUGUUAAUUAUGUUAAUACAGUGGUACCUUAAGAUAUGAAAUUAAUUCGUUCCGGAGUGGCUUUCUUAUACAGAAUCUUUCGUAUGAUGAAUCGCAUUUUACAUAUAAAUCCCCUAGUUCGUUCCAAGCUAGACUAAAAUUCUCACAUUAAAUUUACUGUCAUGUACUUUGAUUGGCUAUCUUUAUUUGUAAUGCUUUGUUGGCCCCUAGUGGUGCUUAAGUGUAACUAGUUUAUUAGGUUCUAGCUCAUUCUACAGAUGUUAUGACUACUCGAGCACAUAGCAAACACGGAGUGCUAAUAGAUGAGCCAACAGCAAUUGCUUGCUAUUUCAUUUCGCUGUUUGUGCCUUGCAAAAUAUAGUCUUCUUGUGUUCAUAUACAGUGGGGAGAACAAGUAUUUGAUACACUGCCAAUGGUUUUUCCCAUUGACUGUGUAUCAAAUACUUGUUCUCCCCACUGUACAUGAGCAUUGUGUAGAACAUUGCUGUGUGUAGGUAUGUAUAUCCGUUUGUUUACAUUUAUAGUCAGAUGUAGUUACAUUAUUGCAUUGCUGUGAUCGAGAAUGAUCUAUUACGGUAAGUAUUAUCUUUCGUACGAUGAAUAAUUUUUCAUAAUGUAAAGGGAAAAAAAGCAUCGAAAUACUUUUCGUAAAAUGAAUGAUUCGUCUACCGAAGCUUUCCUAUCUCAAGGUACCACUGUACUUGUUUUUCUGUACUCGAGGUGAGUGUGACUUGACUCGUAGAGCACUUCACUGUAAAAUGUUAACAUCCUAACGAUGCUGCAAACGUUCCCCUUAAGGUCCUUGCUGGCUCAGGACCUCUGUGCCAAUAACGCUGUCACCCUGAGCGUAUAUUUGUGCAUGUUGGUGGAUAUGACAUGAUGAUAAGUCAUGUCACAUAUGCAAUAAAUGAUUCUGUUUUAGGUUAAAGGGCUUACUAAAAUUUCAAUCUGUGUGUUAAACACACCAGUUUAGAUGUUUAUACUGUAAGUUUGAAUUUGAAGCUCCCCCUUCCUUUUUUUUUUAAAUUUUUUAUUUAAUUUAUUUGGAGUUACCUGACAAGUUUGCAUGCAGUGGAGGGACUUAUCUGCACUAGAUUGUAAGUAUGAACCGUGACACAAUAAAGUGUACAAAUGUGAAAAUACUUUUAUUUUGUAGAAAUCUAUUUUUAGAUUACAGCAACAUUAGUAUUGAUGAAAAUACUAAUAGUCAGGGUUUGUUUGGUACUGAUAAAACAAUGUGUCACAGUUCCACAGUGCUAAGUUUUGUUUUUUCUUUUUUUGAGAGCAAUUAUUUCAAAUGCUACUGCACAUUGUUGAUUUAAUGUUUGUUUGUUUUUUUGUCAGAAUACUGUACAGUAUAUUACUGGAGAUACAUUUCCUAAAUGUAUGCAGUACAUGAAUACAUUCCUAUACAUACAAAACUUAUUUCACUUACAUGUGUGCAGUUUUUGUUUUCAUUCAGCUUGUUAUCCAGGGCACAUUUAGUAGAUUACUGACUUUUUUGCAAAUUGUUUAGACAGAUCAUUGUAUUAAUUUAAAUUCUCUUUUACAAACUAUUUUUGAGAAAUACUGAUAAAAGAUGGCCAAAAUGUGUGUUCAUCCUUGUAAGACCACCCAGUCACCACAACUUUAGAGAUACCUGCACAUUCCAAUGAGAAACGAUACACAAAACCUAUUUUCUAUACCAGUUUGGAUUGACACUGCCUGAAAGAUGUAUUAUAUUUUGUCAGUAUAAUUCAGUGCUGCAGAUGCCAAUCAAAACAAAGAAUGCCUUGUUGAACAAUUCUUGUUCUGUUCAAAUGCAUCUACUACGUGUAGGUGCCUGUAUAUACUGUAUGUGUUAUUUUCAUUUUUUGUUGUUACUAUAUUUUACAACACAGAUGUCAUGGACUGUACAUAAUACUGGAAAACCACCUCAAUAAAAUUUUAAAUGUA